CAGAUCGGGACCAAGACAGUUUGGUGCAAUAGAGAUUUGGACCGGAACAAUGUGGUGUAUGAUAUCGGAUGCGGAUUACAAAUGAAGGGACAGCCCGACAAGCGGGGGCACACCGUACCCGUAUGAUAUCAUACCGGUUCGAGCCCACUCCCCCCCCCACACACACAACUGCAUGCUCCAAGAAGCCGCGACCAGCGUCGGUCUCCGCUGCUCCGGUCAGCAGGCCUUCCUCUCUCUGAGCUGAGUAUGCUGUAGUAUAAGUUUGCGCUGUCGAAAUGGUGCUGGUGCCAUUCCAGACCUGCAUUGACAACCAGGAGGUGGCGUUGUAUACGAGGACCGUUGUUAUCUCGAUAGUUGCUUAUAUGUAUGCUUAGACUUGGCAUCCCUGGAAGCUUGGCCGGUCGUCUUUGGACUCCCCAUGGCAACCGCCCGCCAAUCGCUCCCUGUUGUUGAGCGCACCUUGCCUGUCUUCAAUAGCCCUAUACAAAUACCUCCUGUGAUGAGAUAUAAUAAGCGCUGCGUGCGUACAUGCCCCUGCCUUUUUGACCGCGACUAACCGCGCUGCAGCGCUCACGACCGCGCAAGCUCCUUUUGGGCAGUUCUUCUACAAGACAAUUUUCAUCAACGCUUAGAUACCUUCUGAUUACAGUUCAAGUCAAACACGGCGCCGCGUGAGCUUUGCCAGCUACAGGGCACCGGUGCCCUUGGAUUUCCUCUUGGCGCGACACAGUACCACUAUAUUUACUGCAAAUGUCACCGGCUGAAAGAACCCUCGACUGAAACGAGUGGAAGCCCCCGCUGCGGCACCACCAAUGGCGCCAUGGAUUGGCGUGUUGAUGGGCGUACUGUUUGGAACGCUGGCACUGCAGUUGGCGCAGUGCCAGCCCACUGUGUCCUCGGCGCAGGACCCGGAGAGGCGGCGUCAGGCGGUGGAAGUGGAGCUUCCGGCUGGGCUGCAACCCGACGCUGCUCUCUUCGAUGCUGCAGCAUUAGGCAGCGUCAUCGACUUCAGUGGCGGUGUCCAGCUUUGGCAGGAUGCUGACGUCCGACGUAGCUUCAACCUGCUCGUGUUCAAUGGAAGCGCACGUCUGGACCAGCAGCCGGCUGGCUCAAGCACCAGCGGCCCCGCAAUCUACUUCAAUGGGCGCACAUUUGCAGGCCUGGUCUCAGAGUUGCCCUGGUCCGCAUGGAGCUCCGACCCCGCCGCGCCCUUCACAGCCGUGUGGAUCGGGCGCCUGGCCGAUGGCGUGGACAGCUCUGCAGAGCAGUGGCUACUGGGCGUGGGCUUGGGUCUAGGCCUCGGUGGCUCUGGUGACAGUGGGCCCCCUGACGGCUACUCGGAUGGCAGCGACGGCGGCGGCAUGGCCAUGUCCACGUCACGUCUGGUGACACGGACCGCAGCUGACGGGUAUGGGAUUCGUGAGAGCAGCGUGGACUCGGCGCUGCGGCCGCCCAUGGGCCAGUGGAGCAUGGAGGUGUUGGUCCGAAACGCAGGUGCCGCAUCGGCUUCCUACCUCCGCUGCAGCCAGACCUCGUGCCUGGCGACUGCCGGCGCAGUGGCGGGUGCCGGCACCCGGCAGCUGGCCAGCUCACCACGCCGUGUGGGCCCCGAGGCGUUCAGUGUGGGCGGCGACUUCUUCUACGCAGCUGGCACCAGCCCCAAGUACCUUACCGGCCACGUGGCGGUAGUGGCGCUCUACUCCCGGGCACUCAGCCAGGUUGAGGUGGCGCAGCUGGCAGCAGUGUACAGGCCUCGCUUCGGACUCAGCGAACUGCCACCGCCGCCACCGCCAUCACCCGCACCGCCCAGCCCCACACCGCCCAGCCCCGCACCGCCCAGCCCCGCACCGCCCAACCCCAAGCCACCGUCGCCGCUGCCGCCUUCUCCUCAGCCGCCUUCCCCUCAACCACCAUCGCCGCAACCGCCCCUGCCUUCACCACCAUCUCCACAGCCACCAAACCCACCACCGCCGUCACCGCAGCCGCCCCUGCCGCCACUACCGUCACCAACGCCCCCAUCGCCACAUCCGCCCUCGCCUGAACCACCAUCGCCCCCACCUCCAUCUCCUCCGGCCUCUUCAUCUGUGCCUCCUGCUCUGUCGACCCCUGCACCUUCACCUCCAGGGGCCUCGCCAUCACCUCCGUCUCCUGUGUCGUCCAUAACAUCGCCCCAGCCGCCGUCACCGACUCCACCCACACCAACGCCAGCCAUGACACCUGCGGUCUCGCCGUCAGUCCCAACGCCUCCGGCCCCGGAUGCGCAGGCCCCGUCACCAGCUGCUGCCGUACACACGGCUGCGCCGCCGGCCUCCCCGCUGCCGCCGUCGCCCCUCCACCCUGCACCGAGCCCUGAGGCUAAUGCGGCCAUGUCGCCGUCCCCCAGCCCCACUGCCAGCGGCAGCGCCCAGGAGGCGCCGAACCAGCAGCUGCCCGCACCUGCCCCGCCCAUCACGCAGCCGGCAGUGGCGCCAUCACCCGGGCCGGCUGUGGGCCAGUCACCCUCGCCGUCAGCGGACUCCAGUGCUGCUCAGCCUGCCCAUUCACCUUCAACGGCGUUUCCAGAUCUCUCUCCGUCCCCCUCUGCCGCUACUGCUUCGCCUACCUCUGGCCCCAGCCCCGGCACCAUUACGCCUGCCCCUGCGCCCAGCCCCAGCCCCACCCCUGGCCCUAGCCCCAGCCCCAGCCCCGGCACCAUUACGCCUGCCCCUGCGCCCAGCCCCAGCCCCAUCCCUAGCCCUAGCCCCAGCCCCGGCACCAUUACGCCUGCCCCUGCGCCCAGCCCCAGCCCCACCCCUGGCCCUAGCCCCAGCCCCAGCCCCGGCACCAUUACGCCUGCCCCUGCGCCCAGCCCCAGCCCCAGCCCUAGCCCUAGCCCCAGCCCCAGCCCCGGCACCAUUACGCCUGCCCCUGCGCCCAGCCCCAGCCCCAUCCCUAGCCCUAGCCCCAGCCCCGGCACCAUUACGCCUGCCCCUGCGCCCAGCCCCAGCCCCACCCCUAGCCCCAGCCCCAGCCCUGCCCCCUCUGGCAGCACCUCGCUGUUGUCCUCGGUGCCGGCCGAGCUACUGUCCUCUGACGCCAGCUCCUCCUCCGCCACUCUGGAGGCGUCGUGGGACUACGUGGUACCCGACCCCACCGCCACCGCCGCCGCCACGGGCGGCACGGGCAGCUCCUUCAAGACCACCUCCUACAGCCUGGCCGCCUCCGGCCUCACCGGCCGCUCCUCGCUGCUGGCCGAACAGUUCCCUGGCGCCACAGGAGUGCGGGUGCGGUCGGUGGUGCUGCUGGUGCCGGCGCUGCGGCUGCCCGCCUCCCUGGCCUGCAGCACACAGUUGGGCUUCGGCCUGCGCUCGACGCUGCUGGCGGCGGUGCAGCAGGCCACCGGCUUGGCGGCGGGCGGCAGCGAGGGCGGCGCGCAAGGCGGUGUGGACGUGUCCGUGUCCUGCAGCAGCACAGCCGCCAGCGCCAAGCUCGCCAGCGCCAGCACAGCCACGGGCCUGCACCACCGCCGCCUGCUGCGGCUUCUGGCGCAGGCCGGCACCAGUGGCACAUCCGCUUCCACGGGCUGCGAGGCGGCUGCCGGCGGCAAUACCGCUCUGGCUGUGACGCUGCGGCUGCUGUCGGGCGCCGCCGGCAGCUCCUCCGACCUGGGCGGCGGCGGGAGUGUUACGGGGUCGGACCUGUCGCAGCUGGUGCACAGUACCCUGCUCACCUGGCGUGACGGCGGUGGCAGCAGCACUGACGGUAGCUCUACCCCCUCCGCGCUGCAGCAGCUGUGCAUCCCCUCCCCCAGCAUCGACAGUGUGCGGGCGGAGGUGCGGGUGACAUACGCGGCUUACCUGUCGGCCCAGGGCCGCGCCGUGUACUCAUCCGCCUGUGCGGGCGCCGCCUCUACCACCACUUCUACUUCCUCGCUGUUGCCCGAGCGGGCCGCCGCGCUGGGUCUGUCUGGCGCCACCAGCUGUGCGGUGCUGGACACGGACGGCAACCUGGUGGCCGGCAGUGCGGCCAGCGGGGCGCCGGGACAGCAGGUGCUGGGCACCAUAGACUCGGGCGCAGCGGCCGGGUCAGCGGCUGCCUCACAGCCGGUGGGCGGCGCUGCCUCGGCGCAGGCGGGCCAGGGAAUGACGGGUGGCAGCAGCAGCCAGGGCAGCAGCGGUGGCAGUAGCAACGCGGGCGCUAUUGCUGGCGGAGUCAUCGGCGCGCUGCUGGGCCUGACCGUGGUGGUUGUGGUGGCUGUGCUGGUGGUGUUGCGCAAGCGCAAAGCCAGUGAGGCGGCAGUGACGGACCUCAUGAUGAGCCACAACCCGCUCGCUAUGUUUGUGGCGGCACCGGCCAAGGACCCGGUGGAGUCUCCUGGCGUUGAGCUGCCUCAGACCGCCCACCAAUACCAGCACCAAAUGCAAGCGCAGGAACACCAGGACCAGGGCCAGGACCCAGUGGAUCCGCCACUGAAGACCAUGGCGUCUGCACCCACUCCCUCAGGCGCGUCGCCGCCGCUGUCGCCCAGCGCGUCCAUUGCCGCCCAGGUCCGCAAGCUGCUGACGGUGCUACACCGCAGCGGCAGUCAGCUGGUUGAGGCACGCAGCUCCCAGUACCGCGUGCACCCGCAGGCGGCAGGCGCGGGGGCGGGGCUCGCGGCCGCACCCGGCUCGGGCGCACUGACUACGUCCACCUCGCUGCAGGGCCCGCUGGGCUCCCUGCGCCUGGAUGAGGCGUGGAGCCAGGCCGCCUUCCCGCCGGCGCCCGCCUCUCCCUCUCAGUCCGACCCCAGCGAGGCGCCGUCGCCCGCCUGCCGGCAGCGCCCCAGCGCCGGCGGCUCCCCGCCCGCUGGCGGCGCAGCGGCGGGUUUCAACUCCUCAUUGCGCCGCUCGCGACGGGUGCUGUCACCUGACGCGGCGGCAGUGGGUGAGGACCUGAUGCCGCCACCGCCCCUGGCGCCGUACACCUCUGGGGAGGUGGGUGCAGCCAGCCGUCGCCGCCCCUCGCGUGUUUGCGAGGAGGGCGACGAGGGUGAGCAGCAUGAAGAGCAGCAGCAGCAGCAGGAGGGUGAGCUACCACAGGAGGAGGAGAUGCCGCACGCAGGUGUUCGUUCCGUGCGCGUCACGGCCGAGGAAGUGGCUCGGCUAGACGGGCUGCGUGCGGCUGCGGCAGGCGUGUGGAAGGGCGCCGCGCAUGACGCCCUGCUCAGCCCGGGCCUGCCUAACGCUGGCGGCCCGAGUGAUGGAGGCAGCACUAAGUCCGGCGCUGACGCGGCCGCAUCGGCAUUGCCCCUGGAGGCUAACGCUGGCGGGUUGGCUGGCUGUGGUGUGGCCCGCACCGCACGUCGCACUGACAGCAUCAACCUCAUGGCCAUGCCGCCCGGUGGGAGCAGCACGCCGCGGUUCUGAGGGGGCGGGCGCAUCGCGGCCCGCCGGCAUACCUUUCUUUCUCUCGACGUCCGUAUCCUUAUCCUUUAAACCUGAUUGAUUGUGGAAUCCCAAUUCCUUUUUUUACAUGCAUGACGGCAGGUCUGACGUGACUCCCGCAAGGCCACGUACGUCUAGUAAAGGUUGCAGGCAUGGGCAAUCGGCACACAACGGACUCCUAGUUGACGCUUGCAGCUGUGAUUCGGCUGUCUUUGUACACCGCAGCAUGGAACAAACAAUUGAUUAGAUCUGGGCCGCGGCCCUCCGUAGCUGAAGGACGUCUACACGUGUGUGUGUGUAGCAGGAUGCCGUACUGAUUGAAAGUAAAUUAGCGAUACGCCUCGCAGGUGUUGAGACAGGUUGUGAGUUUCGAGUGAGGCUGUGUACGUGGUGAGCACCGGUUGAACUUGGGCGGGCCUGCUGUUAUCGUGGCGUAUGUGGCGAUGCAGAGCCACCCGAACAAAGCAACGCUUCCAUCUGUGUUGAGCUGGGAUUCCAGGAUUCAUGCGGCGGGCUCUUAUAGUUCUGAACAUUCUUUGGCUUAUAAGGUUGAUAGUUGAAGAUUGCUCGAGCCUUACUGAGGCGCUGUUGGCGCCGAUCCUUGCGCGGACCCCCACGGCCUCCUGGCCGCACUGAAGCAUAGAAGUGGCACGCGGGACUGUACGGUACCCAUGUUGCUGUAACAUGCAACUUGG